UGCUCUAGCCUUUUUAGGAGUUAUUACUUCCUUGGUAACUCAACACAUGUACUCUUUACCUGCUUAUGCGUUUAUAGCGCAAGAUUUUACUACUCAAGCGGCGUUAUAUACUCAUCAUCAAUACAUCGCAGGAUUCAUUAUGACAGGAGCUUUUGCUCAUGGAGCUAUAUUUUUUAUUAGAGAUUACAAUCCAGAACAAAACGAGGAUAAUGUAUUGGCAAGAAUGUUAGACCACAAAAAAGCUAUAAUAUCGCAUUUAAGUUGGGCUAGCCUGUUUCUGGGGUUCCAUACUUUGGAACUUUAUGUCCAUAAUGAUGUCAUGCUUGCUUUUGGCACUCCGGAAAAACAAAUCUUGAUCGAACCCAUAUUUACCCAAUGGAUACAAUCUGCGCAUGGUAAAACUUCAUACGGCUUCGAUGUACUGUUAUCUUCAACGAAUAGUCCGGCGUUCAAUGCGGGGCGAAGCAUAUGGUUGCCCGGUUGGUUAAAUGCUAUAAAUGAGAGUAGUAAUUCUCUAUUCUUAACAACAGGACCCGGAGAUUUCUUAGUUCAUCAUGCUAUUGCUCUAGGUUUACAUACAACUACAUUGAUCUUAGUAAAAGGUGCUUUGGAUGCACGUGGUUCCAAGUUAAUGCCAGAUAAAAAAGAUUUUGGUUAUAGUUUUUCUUGCGAUGGUCCGGAACGAGGUGGUACUUGUGAUAUUUCGGCUUGGGAUGCAUUUUAUUUGGCAGUUUUCUGGAUGUUAAAUACGACUGGCUGUGUUACUUUUUACUGGCAUUGGAAACACAUUACACUAUGACAGGGUAAUAUCUCA